UGUGCGGUCCCAGCCACGUGUCGCGCGUUCAUUUCCCCACAAAACGGUACCCCUUAUACCAACAUGCUUCCUUGAACCUCAACUCACUCCCUUCGAGUCACUUUCAUAGUGAACCCCACCAGCAACCCCUUUCCUCUCUUCUUCUUCUUCAGCCUCCAAAACCCCAUUGUUCUUCAUGAAAAUUUGAAGGAAAAAUUCACAAUGCCAAAGAAACAAAAAUAUAAGGAUGUUGAUCGUCCUGAACUUCAUAUUAUACAUUAUCUCAGCCACCCUGAUUAUAGUUCACGGUAUCUGACAUGUGAUCACCCACUCCCUCCGAAUCGGUACAAUGAUAGGGUUGAGGAGCAUUUACGGUUUACUGGUUUCUUGUAUGUUUUCCAAAUUGGAGUAGUUCAAUGUCAGAAAGUACUGGUAAAUGCUCUAGUCGAAAGGUGGCAUCCAGACACACAUACCUUUCACCUUCCUGUUGGUGAAUGUGCUGUGACAUUGGAAGAUGUUGCUGUUAUUCUUGGUCUUCCAACAGACGGUCUUCCAGUCACAGGGAUGACUAUGAGUAGUUUUGAAGCCUUAGAGGUGGAGUAUUUGCAGCAAUUUGGGAUUGUACCGAGGAAGUUGGACUGUAGAGCAAGCUGCAUAAAACUGACGUGGCUUCGAGAUCUAAAAGAACGAUUACAGUUGGUUGACGAAACCAGCAUGCAGAGAUACGUAAAGUGCCACAUUAUGUUAUUAUUUGGUACAGUCUUGUUUGGUGACAAUUCUGGGGCAUCUGUGCACUGGAAGUUCCUGCCUUUGCUUCGUGAUUUUGGCAGUAUCAGACAGUACAGUUAGGGAUCUGCAUGCCUGGCACACCUGUACAGGUCAUUAUGCAAGGCAUCUCAUUUUGACUGCAAGAAAAUCGAUGGUCCGCUAACACUUCUGCUAAACUGGGCUUGGAUCCGUCUCCCAUAUCUAGCGCCGGUUCCUCGGGAACCCCGCAGUUUUCCACUUGAAAACAGGUAACAUUAUCUUACACUUACAUCCUAUCUUCAUAUUUAGAAUCCAAUUGUGUUAAUGAAUUAAGUCAUAUUAGGUGACGUAACUGG